AUGCAAACCUCGGAUGUCUCCAACAUCCCGAAUAAUUCGCGUCUAAUUCACCCCAAAUACGCGUUGAACGGCGACACUGGUUUCUCCCACGGGGCUUAUCAUAACAAUCACCCCAACUCAGUUCAAGGAUUCUCGGAUCGAAACGCCCGUCGUGCCAAUAUUCCCAAUAUCAACACUGCCGCCGGCCAACCCUCCGAUAUGGCCUCCGGCUUCGAUAUGAACUACACCCCCCUGCUUCCCUCCCAGCUGCUGGUGGGCAGUCCUUUCCAACCCGGAACCCCUUCGGCCUUUGCCUCCCCUCAGUUCCAGAACUUCGGUGGUUUCCCGCAGGCCAAUCCCAAUGGACAUGCUCAGAACAACCAAAACCACAUGCACAGCCCAACCCAGGGAUUACAGAACCACGGACUGUAUGGAAUGAUGUCGCCUGAUGGUAUGGGACCCUCGCAGAUGAUGGGCGCGCCUCAGUCGCCCAUCAACGGAUUAGGGGGUAUGGGCAAUGCGACUCUGGGCAGCCCCCAGGCUUCAGUGGCCCCUGGCAUGCUCUCAGGGACCAGUCGCACGGUCUACCUCGGAAAUAUCCCGGCGGAAACCUCCGCUGAGGAGAUUCUGAACCACGUGCGCAGUGGUCAGAUCGAGUCGGUGCGCCUGCUCCCCGAUAAGAACUGCGCUUUCAUCUCGUUUUUGGAUAGCAGCUCCGCCACUCACUUCCACUCCGACGCCAUCUUGAAGAAGUUGGCGAUCAAGGGAAAUGAUAUCAAGGUAGGAUGGGGCAAGCCUUCCCAGGUCCCCACCUCCGUUGCUCUGGCGGUCCAGCAGUCUGGCGCGUCGCGCAAUGUUUACCUCGGCAACUUGGCCGAGGAGACGUCCGAGGACGAUCUGCGCGAGGAGUUGGGCAAGUUUGGGUCCAUUGAUACCGUGAAGAUUGUCAAGGAGAAAGCGAUUGGCUUCGUCCAUUUCCUGUCAAUUAGUAACGCCAUGAAGGCUGUCACUCAGCUUCCUCAGGAACCCCAAUGGCAAGCUCCGAAGCGUGUCUUUUACGGAAAGGACCGUUGUGCCUAUGUCUCCAAGACUCAGCAGCAAAAUGCUGCUCAGUUCCUGGGAAUCGCACCGGGAUAUGCGCACGUGCUCAACACAGCUGAUCGUGACCUGAUCUCGAACGCGCUUGCACAACAGUCUGUCGCCGCGGCUGCCGUGGCUACAACCGCGGGCGGUGUCAACAACCUUGGUAACCGCACCAUAUACCUUGGAAACAUCCACCCCGAGACCACUAUUGAAGAGAUCUGCAAUGUUGUUCGCGGGGGCUUGCUCCACCAUAUUAGAUAUAUCCCCGAUAAGCACAUCUGCUUCGUCACUUUCAUCGAUCCCACCUCGGCUGCCUCUUUCUAUGCACUGAGCAACCUGCAGGGUCUGAUGAUCCACAACCGACGACUUAAGAUUGGCUGGGGUAAGCACUCUGGUCCUCUGCCGCCUGCUAUUGCUUUGGCGGUCAGCGGCGGUGCGUCGCGCAAUGUAUACAUUGGCAACCUGGACGAGGCCUGGACGGAGGAACGUUUGCGCCAGGACUUCUCGGAGUACGGUGAGAUCGAGCUGGUCAACACCUUGCGUGAGAAGAGCUGCGCUUUCGUCAACUUCACCAACAUUGCCAAUGCUAUCAAGGCAAUUGAAGGUAUGCGCAACCGGGAGGAUUACCGUCGCUUUAAGAUCAACUUCGGCAAGGACCGCUGCGGAAACCCACCACGCCAGGCCGGAAACACCCAGCAGAACGGUCAGCAGGGCCGCAAUGGAUCAGGAAUUGAAGGCCCUCAGUCCCCGUCCCCCGUACUGAAUGGCUUCCAGCCAAACCUCAGCCACAACGGCUCCCAGCCCAGCCCAACUCGCCCGGCACUCUCCCCAGCCCCGGGUUCUACCGGCUCUCAAAAUGGCCCGCAGCACCGCCACCCGCUGCAGACCGUGUCCUCUCCAUCGGGCGUGCUGAAUGUUGGCUCCAGCAACCCGCUUACUAUGUACCUGAACCAGAUGUCCCACCAGGGCCAGGAUCAGGAGAACCACCUCAGUGAUCCCAUGCUUGCAGGCCUGCAAGCACAGCAAGCACCUCAGCAGCAGCUAUAUAACGGCGCCAGCAACGGCGACCUCUCGAACGGAAGUAUGGAUCCUCCCAUGCACCCGCACAAGCCCACGAACAACAGCUACCUGAGCGUGGCCAACGGUCAUGGCCACGCGCACCACUCAAGCACCAGCAGCCUCAGCGUUCCCCGUGCCUCGCACUCCCGCGCUGUCAGCUUGCCUUCGUUCUCUCAGGAGCCAUUUGGCCCCGUCUCCGGUGCACCUAGCCACCCGCGCGCUGGUGGUGCCCACCAGCCCCAGCAGAGCUUCUCCAGCUUCUCCGGUCUGGGUGGCUUGAACCACUCUGGAUUCGGCCUGGCUAUCCAAAACGAAAACUCGCUGCCAGGGUGGGCUGAAGAGGAGAUCGGAGCCAAAUAA